AGUAGCAAUGGCUAGGCCAUACGUGGUCCUAUUUUAUUAGUGUUUUGAAACAUUUUAUCAAAAUAAUGCAAUCUGAAUCAUCCGGAGCUUCUAUUUUAUUCAAGAUUUUAUCACAUAACAGAUGUUUAGCUCAACAGUACAGCCAUGUUGUUUAUACGUAGACCAAAUGAAAAGGAAACCAUGCAGUGUUCUAACAAACCUCUUCAUAGAAAAAUGAUUUUGGAUAAGUGCAAAACUGUGUUAAUAUUAUCUAGUGUGGUGUGUACGCUAGCUGUUGUAAUAUCUCUUCAUAAGUUACUGUACUAUGACGGCAGGUUGGUCAAGCCCUUCUCGCCUAUACCAGCGGGUUUGAAUGGUAAUUACUUGAGAGCAGUCGAUGAAGAAAUUUUACCUCCAGUGACCAAUAAAAAGCAUGAUAAAGCUCGGGACGCGGAAGCGGUCGUGUCUCUCAACGCUGCUUUGGACAUGAAGAAGCAUGGCAAGGCUGAUAAAGCAUUAAAAUUAUUUCAACAUGCCUUUGCGCUGUCACCUAAACAUGCAGACAUAUUAAAUCACUACGGAGAAUUUUUGGAAGACACUAAACAGGAUGUAGUGAGAGCUGAUCAGCUGUACACAUUAGCAUUAACAAAUUUCCCAGAACAUACAGGAGCUUUGAUGAAUAGACAAAGGACGGCUAGUAUUGUUGAAAACUUGGACAGAGAAAUGCUGAGAAAGAUUGAUGAGAAACGAGAUGCAUUGCUGUCAAUACCUGAAAACAAUUCGGCACUAUGUAGAGCUAAAAAAGAGGCAUAUUUCCAACAUAUUUAUCACACUGUUGCUAUUGAGGGGAAUACUAUGACACUGUCACAAACACGGAGUAUUUUGGAGACCAGAGUAGCUGUGUCCGGCAAAAGUAUUGAUGAGCACAAUGAGAUCCUUGGUUUAGAUGCUGCCAUGAAGUAUAUUAAUUCGACUUUGCUUUACCGUCUUAGAGAUAUAACGAUGGGCGAUAUACUUGAAAUACAUAAGAGAGUGUUGGGCCACGUAGACCCAGUAGAAGGUGGUCAGUUUAGGAGAACACAGGUGUAUGUUGGCGGCCACAUCCCACCUGGACCUUCAGAGAUUCAAAGACUAAUGGCACAGUUCCUGGAGUGGCUGAACUCUGAAGAUGCAAUAGACUUGCACCCUGUGCGAUAUGCAGCCUUAGCCCACUACAAACUAGUUCACAUCCACCCAUUCAUAGACGGCAACGGACGUACGUCCCGUUUGCUCAUGAACCUGCUCCUGAUGCAAGCCGGAUACCCACCGGUGAUCAUUGCUAAACAGCACCGACAUCUAUAUUACCAGAACUUGCAGACCGCCAAUGAAGGAGAUGUCAGGCCUUUUGUCAGAUUCAUAGCCCAGUGCACGGAACGAACCCUGAACCUCUAUCUGUGGGCGACCAGUGAGUACUCCCACAUGGUGCCGGCCAUUGGGGAGCCCCACAUACUAACCGGAGAAGGCUUUGAAGAAGACCUCCUCUGACCAUGAUCCCCCCAAAAAGGGUAAAGCUAUAAAAUUAAUUUAUAAAAAAGGAAGCAUAACGGCUUACACUCUUUUCUAUCUAACUUCGGCUAUAAUUAAGGAAAAAUAACAAUGUUUUAAUUUGUAUUAUAUUUUUUUUUUGCAAAUGUUUUAAUAUGUUUUGGAAACUAGUUAAUAUUGAUCUACCAUUCUAAUUCUAAUGUGAGACUAAUUAUUUAUGCCUGAAGUUAGAUACAGCCUGAAUCGAGUGAUAAAUGUUUGGUACUUUUAGAAAUGUUUUCGACAAAUUUAAUGAAGUUUGUGCAUAUUUAAAUUGACAUUCAAAUUUUUUUGUAAAUAAUAGUGAAAUGUGUAAAUACGUGGUUUAGAAGUGUAAAUAAUUCCUAUAACUUCCAAGCUAUUCGCCUGCUGGCAGGCAAUUUUUAGUAUUUAUUUUUCAAAUCGGAACAGUUAUAGAUUGUUCCUGUUCUAUUGUAAAAUUUAAAAAAGUUUCAAGUACAAAAAUAUCUUGUUUUUAGAAAUUAUUUCAAUUAAAAGAUAAAAAGUAUUUAGGCACAAAAUUGCGUAUAUAUUUAGAUUAGAAUAAGUGCUGACUGACGUCCCGUCAUGCAAAUACAGCGGAACUAGUGUUAAACUCUAUUUUAAUUUUAUUUACAUGAUUUAACUCGAACGAAAAUAUAAUUGGCUCCUGUGGUAUAUGCAAUGAAGUACUCGUAAUAUGAAUUCAGAGAUGAACUUUAUCAGAAAUAAAAUCCUUUACCACGACGUCAUUCAGCACUGAACCUAAGACCCUGAUAAUUGUAGGAUUAAAAUUGGCUAAAAUAUUAGUAUUAUCGUUAUUACGUUGAGCACAAAGUGCGGUUAUGUAGUUGAAGUUACGAUGUUUGUGCUUGAAAUUGUAUUCCUUUUAAAAACACUGUUUUGUGUGGGCAUGAAAUAGUUUUAACUGCAAGUUGGUGGGUUUAUGAGAUGACAUAUUUUAUCUUUCAAACUGCUUAUUAAUCUCGAUUAAACAGUGCAGUGUAUAACUUUGCUUACGGGGAUUGUAUUAGUAUGCGAUUAACUAAGGGCCGUUCAGACUUAAAUAGUAGCAUUUUUAGUGUUAAAUAAUUUUGAAUUCUAAUCUAGGCACCGCUUACCGCGAGCGAUCGAUACUGGUUUCUUUGUAUGUAGAUAAGGUUAAAAUUAUUCCGCACUGAAUUCAAAGAAACCAAUGGAAAAUGCAAUUUAUGUCUGCCUUAUCAACUUUCAUGAAAUGACCCACUGAAGCGACCUAUAACCAAAGAGUCCCACUGUGCCUAUUAGUGACAAAAUUAAUAUUCUGUGAUAUUUGUAAUCAAGUUAUUUAUUCUUUAUUUUAUUUAUGUGUAAUAUUAAAUAGAUUGCGUAUUUCAUAGAAAUGGGAGAUUUAUAUUAUUUUAUGUUCAUUGUAAAUAUUUUUCCAGCAAAUAUGUGAUUUAGUCUUCCUUUUUGUUUAUUUAUUUGUUUUUUUCUCAUAUAAAUGUGUUGCAGUUUUGAAAAAGCGUCUAUGUAUUAGAACUAUCAAAGCCACUGUGCAUGCACUUAUUUUGAUGGAAUAUCAUAAGUCUCAGGUUCGCACAGGUUUGAAGUGUCAUUGACAUUAAUAGUUUAAAAAUUAACGGACAGAUAAUCGCUCAAUAUCGAAAUCAUUUUGUUUUUGCAUACCGUCUUCCUUGUCAAGUUUAGUCUUAAUUUUGUACAUUUUGUGUGACCAGUACAAAUUCUAAACUCUUUAAAUAAAAUGUUAAAGAAUA